CACUCCAUCGCCGAGAUCCGCCGCUCUCCCGAGUUCCUCGAGUUCUUCUUCCUGCAGGACCUGCGGGCUGCGCAGCGCCUGACCUGCACCGGCAUGUACCGCGAGGCCCUGGCCACCUGGGCCAACGCCUACGACAAGCGGCGCUCGGAAGCCCGGCUGCAGGGUCUGCGGGAGGCCGGGCCGCUCCUGCAGCAGCAGCCCACCCUGAAGGAGUGUCUGAUCAAGGAGCCUCUGGAGUGA